UCGGUAUCGGCUAGGGUUCUUCAGUUAUUUUCGUGCUCUUCCUCCCUCACGUCCGCCGCCUCAAAAACCCUAGCUCUGUCCAAUCCAACCCAAAAAGGAUCUUCUUUGCAUCGACCCUAGAAUUCGAUGGCGAUCGAUUCAUCCAGAAUGAUCUUCUUCUCCCUCCAUUGAUCGCUGCGUUGGGUUUCUGUAAGUCCCUCCGAUCCCGCCUCUAACACCCCCCCCCUUUCGGAGAUGGCCACCGUAAACCCUUUCGAUCUCCUCGGAGACGACGAUAACGACGAUCCUUCUCAGCUGAUCGCUGCCCAGCUGCAGAAGAUCGCCACCAAGAAGCCUGCCCCCGCCGCCGCCCCUCCGGCGUCCGCCAAGCUUCCGUCCAAGCCGAUUCCUCCCGCCCAAGCCAUGAGGGAGGCGAGGAGCAAUGUACCACUAGCACGAGGUGGUGCCGGUCGAGGUGGGCCCGGGCGUGGUAGGGGUGGGCGUGGAGGUAGGACUGGACCAAAUAGAGAAUUUGGUGAUGGGGAUGCUGAUGGAUUUACCGGGACUUAUGGCAGCGGCGGCAUUGGUGAGGAGGGGAAUGCUGGUAAACCUUUUGAGAGGGAACGUGGAGGUCAUGCUUCACAAAGGCAGCCAUACCGUGGUGGUCGGCGCGGUGGAUAUGCCAACGAAGAGGCUGGGGUUGACUCUGGACAUCCUCCACGGAGGGUUUAUGAGCGACGUAGUGGAACUGGCCGCGGUUAUGAGAUGAAACGAGAAGGUGCAGGGCGUGGGAAUUGGGGAACGUCGACAGAUGAUGUGCUUGCUCAGGCGACAGAGGAUAAUGUCAACACUGAUGAGAAGGUUGCAAGCCCUGAGAAGCAGCCAGAGCAGGAAGAUGCACCAUUCGCUGAGGCAAAUAAGGAUACCAAGGAGGGUGAAGUAAAUGAGGCAGAAGAAAAAGAGCCAGAAGACAAGGAAAUGACCCUAGAGGAGUAUGAGAAGAUAAAGGAGGAGAAACGAAAGGCACUGCUUGCAUUGAAGCCUGAAGAGAGAAAGGUUCAGCUUGACAAGGAGUUUGAGUCCAUGCAGCAGCUUUCUUUGAAGAAAGGAGAUGAUGUUUUUGUUAAAUUGGGUACUGACAAGGAUUCAAGUAAAAAGAGGGACAAUGCUGAUCGAGGAGAACGAGCCAGAAAGUCUUUCAGCAUCAAUGAGUUUUUGAAGCCUGCUGAAGGAGAAAGAUAUUACAGUCCUGCCGGCCGUGGUCGUGGCCGUGGCAGGGGACGAGGUGAUCGCAGAACAUUUGGCGAUGGUUUUGGCAGGGGAGGUACAAUCGCUGCUGCUGCCCCUUCAAUUGAGGAUCCUGGACAAUUCCCCACACUUGGUGGGAUAUAGUGUGCUUGUGAUACACUUGCGCUCAGUUUUUAUCUGCCCGUGUUUUAAUUUAAUCUUUUUCAAAUUUAGAGAGUUGAUGUCUGGAUUCAGUAAAAUAAUAUUUUGAGUAUCCAAAUGAACGGUUAUUAUAUUUCCUGCAGCAUGUGUUUAAUUAUGGCUAGAAAUUUUGUUGGUUA